AUGACAUUGAAUGUACAUUUACAACCUCAAAAUAAAGAAGAAUUUGUAGUACAAGAUUUUAAACGAAAAUUCCCAAAUAUACCUGAAAAUUUAGUAAGAGAUUUAAUACGUCAUAUGAAGAAAUAUUUACAACAAGAACAAAAUAGUAUAACAAAUCAAUAUCCCAUGUUUCCUAUGAAUUUUGAAGAAUUUUAUAGAACACCAUUCUAUAACACGCCCAGAAGUUCUAAAAAUGGAAGGAAAAAAUCAAAUAAAAAGAAUAACAGAAGACGUAAUGAAACAUUAAAGAACAAAAACGAUUCUAACAAAGACACUACGGCAGAUAUAACCACUAGACUAAACGGUACUGAUAUAAACAAUGCAGCUACUUCUACAGAAUCUGGUAAACAUCAGGAAACCUCUAAUAGUACAGAAGAAAACAAAAUUAAAGAGUUAGAAACUGGUAAAUCUCUCAAAGAAAUUGAGCCUGUUGAAAAAGUAGAAACUACAUUUGUAAUAGAAAAUACUAAUACAAGUGUAAGGGCAAAUAAAUCGGAAACAUUGCUCGACGGUAUAGAAGAAGUAGGUGAGAAUAAUGGAAAUCAAGAUUCAAAACUCCCGGUCAACAUUGAAGACACAGCAUUUAAGAUUCAACACGAAGCAGUUAAAGCAGAAAACACACAAAGUAUCACGAGUCCAGAACUAGGUAAAGAAGAUAUUGUACAUCCAAUGCCAAUGAACGGCGUAGACGAUUACUAUCCUGAUUUUACAGUUGACAACCAUGCAUAUUUCCUAAAUAGUAUGGAGGAUGUCGAUUUGGAGAAUUUAGAAGAUAGAUACCAUUAUACAACUGACAGAAAUCUAUCGCCUAAAAUAGAACAAACCACAGAAGCUAAAGUACAAUUUAGAACACCACCAACUUUAGAAAAACCGGAUUUUGAAACUAAAAAAAUUGAGAGCCGUAAAACCAAUUCUGAAGAUACAAUAUACAAACCAGAAUUCACAAAUAAAGACAUACAUCACAACAAAGUAUCAACAUAUUCUAAUACAAAAACGCCACAAUAUAAUCUUAAAGAAAAACCUUCAAGAAAUAUUUCAGGAAAAUUAUCAGAAAGUAGAAAAAUAGAGACUGUGUUUGCAAACUCUAAAGUUAUAAAGUAUGGUCCAAAUCACGAUGAUACCACAAUCAAUUUGGAAAGUGUAACAGAACCAAAUAUAGCAAGGAACAGUACGAAGGAACAAGAUGAAGACAGAGAUAUGAAAUGGCCUUCCAAAGGCAAAAGCACUAUUGUGUACGCUACAUCUAUUCCCAAUGUUUAUUAA